UCUGUCUGGUCAGCCAACCGAAGCAUGGGUCCCUGUGGCUCUCUCUCAUUUUCUCUUGCUAACGUUAGCUAAGUGAUGAAAAUGCCGUAUUGAGUGUGAUGAUAUUGAGGAUAUAUCCCGUCUCAUCUUUUUGUCAACGCGAACACCAGCCUCUGCGGAACGGCGAACUCUUCUCCGUAUCCCUCACCUCCCCGACCAGGCAGCCGCGUCCUAUGAGCACUGCUAGCUAUGAUGUGAUUAUGAACUGCCGUCGAGGGAAGUUAUAAUUGAUAUUAUCACAGCUGAAUGGCGACCAAAGCAGCUCGCCUGCCUUCAUUUAACGCCUGCAUGCUGUUGUUUCGCUAGCCAUUUGAGCUCCGCCGACGGGAGGAACCGCUAUAAUUUCUUGGCGGAAAUAACCGAAGAGACCGCAUCCACAGACGGCACUGUAACUACUUCACGUUCGAAAAGAUGUCUUUCUUCAAUUUUCGGAAGAUAUUCAAGUUGGGGCCUGAUAAGAAGAAGAAGCAGUACGAACAUGUACACAGAGACGUUAACCCAGAGGAGAUUUGGGAAAUCAUUGGUGAACUGGGUGAUGGAGCAUUUGGGAAAGUGUUCAAGGCUCAGAACAAGCAGAAUGGGACCCUUGCUGCUGCCAAGGUUAUCGACACAAAGACGGAGGAUGAGCUGGAGGAUUACAUGGUAGAGAUUGACAUUCUGGCCUCCUGCAACCACCAUCACAUUGUCAAACUGCUGGAUGCCUUCUAUUUCGAAGGCAAACUUUGGAUUCUGAUUGAGUUCUGUGCGGGUGGUGCAGUGGAUGCCAUCAUGCUGGAACUGGAGAGGCCACUGACAGAGCCCCAGAUCCGGGUGGUGUGUAGACAGACCUUGGAGGCCUUGAUUUACCUCCAUGAGAAUAAGGUCAUCCACAGAGACUUGAAAGCCGGGAACAUUCUCCUCUCCUUGGAUGGAGAAGUAAAACUGGCUGACUUUGGGGUGUCUGCUAAAAAUACCAAGACAUUACAGAGAAGAGACUCUUUCAUCGGCACUCCAUAUUGGAUGGCUCCAGAGGUGGUGAUGUGCGAAACGUCCAAAGACCGUCCCUAUGACUACAAGGCUGACAUCUGGUCCCUCGGGGUUACCCUGAUAGAGCUGGCACAGAUUGAGCCACCCAACCACGAGAUGAAUCCCAUGCGAGUGCUGCUGAAAAUAGCCAAGUCCGAGCCGCCCACACUUAUGCAUCCCUCUCGCUGGUCACCAGAAUUCAACGACUUUCUUCGGAAAUCUCUUGAUAAGAAUGUGGACAAUAGGUGGGGCCCAGUACAGCUGCUACAGCAUCCUUUUGUCGCAAAUGUCACUGAUAGCAGACCUCUCAGAGAGCUCAUCGCCGAGGCCAAAGCUGAAGUCACAGAGGAGAUCGAGGACAGCAAAGAGGAGGAGGAGGAGGAAGAGCCAGAUACACCCGUGACGGCUCCUGGGCACAAGCGAGCACCAUCAGAUGUCAGCGUUGCCAGCUCAGAGGAUGACAAAGUCCCACCAACUCCCUCCACACUGGAGUCUGUUAUAGAAAAGCCGACGGUCGAGCCUGCUGAGGACCACACCAGUGAUAAGCUGUCUGAUGAAGGACUUGGAACAAGUGAGGUAGACAAGACUGAGGAGGAGAAACUUAAUGAGGUGUCUGAUGCCAGUAAUGAAGACCUGGCACCUGGACUAAUAGAGCCCACCAAGGACUUGAUCUCACAAGAGUCUACAGAGCCUAAACCAGAAGAUGGUAAAGUAGAAGAGAUUCCUGCUGAGCCUGAAGUAUCACAGCCAGAGGAACCUGUGGAAUCAGCAGAUACUGAAGAACUUGUAACAGACGGUCAAGAAACAGAGGAGCAACAGAAGGAAGUACAAGGGGAUAAAACAGAGGAGGAACCGACCCAAGUAAUAGAGCAAGAAAAGGAACCAGAAGAGGUGAAAGAGGAGGAAGAAAAAGAAGCAGGUACAGAAGAAUCCAGAGAAUCACAAGCGCAACCUGAAGAGGCACCAGAAGAACCAGAAUCCAUACCAGAGAAGGUGACACAAGUAGAAGAAGAAAGUAAAAAAACAGAUGAAGAGAUUCCUGAACAUAAAGAGUCAGAAGAUAGAAUAGAAGACAAUGUUAAUGGAACAGAUGUUAAUACAGGAACAGAAAUCAUAGAUACAAAUGUAACAGACACAAACAUAAAUGGAGACACAAAGCCGAGUGUGGACGAGUCCCCCGCUGAGGUUUUGUUGGAGAAGGAGGCCAAAGAAAGUCAACCAGAGGAGAAGCCAGAGGAGGAGGCCCCUGAGGAGGCAGAACAGCCAGAGAAAGACAAUCACCCUAGAGAGGAGGUUGAAGUGGAGGAACAGGCACCAGCUGCAUCCAUAAAUGGAGUCAGUGAUGAAGCCAAAGACACCUCUGAGGAUUCAGAACAAGUGGUCCCAUGUAAAGAUGUCCCUGCGAAGGAAGAUGAGGAGAAAGUCGCUCGUGCAGAUGAGAGCACGUCCCAAGAUACCGUCUCUGUCCCAGAGAGUGAAACCGAUUCAGAAAGCAAGAUUGAGCAUGGAAGUCCUGCUGUGAUCAAACCAGAUAUGGAGAAAGACUCUGACUCUGGAAGCAGCUCUGCUGCUGAUAGUAACAGCCUUGACCUCAAUCUGUCCAUCUCCAGCUUCUUGUCCAAGAGUAAAGAAGGGGGCUCUGUGUCUAUGCAGGAGUCGAGACGUCAGAAGAAGACUCUGAAGAAGACACGUAAGUUCAUGGUGGACGGUGUAGAGGUCAGUGUGACAACGUCAAAGAUAGUGACGGAUAAUGACACCAAGAGCGAAGAGAUGAGGUUCCUGAGGCGGCAGGAGUUGAGAGAGUUGCGCCUCCUGCAGAAAGAGGAGCAAAGGGCCCAGCAGCAGCUGAGCAACAAGCUGCAGCAGCAGAGAGAGCAGAUCUACCGGCGCUUUGAACAGGAAACAACUGCUAAGAAGCGUCAGUAUGACCAAGAAGUGGAGAAUCUUGAGAAGAAGCAGAAACAGACCAUUGAGCGACUGGAACAGGAUCACACCAGCCGCCUCCGAGAUGAAGCCAAACGCAUCAAAGGGGAUCAAGACAAGGAGCUCUCCAAGUUCCAAAACAUGCUGAAGAACCGGAAGAAAGAGGCAGUGGCCCAGGUUAUGAUACAGUCUUUUCAGUUGUCCUCAUGUGCACUCUUCAACGCUCAGAUGCAGGAUGAGCAGGAGUUCCUACAGAAGCAGCAGCAGGAGCUGGACGGAGCUCUGAAGAAAAUCAUCCAGCAGCAUAAACUGGAGAUCGCCACUAUUGAGAGAGACUGCCUCAACCACAAGCAGCAGCUGAUGAGAGCUCGAGAGGCAGCCAUGUGGGAGCUGGAGGAGCGCCACCUGCAGGAGAAGCACCAGCAGCUUAAGCAGCAGCUGAAAGACCAGUACUUCCUGCAGAGACACCAGCUGCUGAAGAGGCACGAGAAAGAGAUGGAGCAGAUGCAGCGCUACAACCAGCGGUUGGUGGAGGAGAUGAAGAACAAACAGACUCAAGAGAGGGUUCGUCUGCCCAAGAUUCAGCGCAGCGAGGCCAAGACCCGCAUGGCCAUGUUCAAGAAGAGCCUCCGCAUCACUGCCACUGCAUCCGUCACCCCGGAGCAGGAGAGGGAGCGGAUAAAACAGUUCGCUGCUCAGGAAGACAAGAGGCAGAAGAACGAGAGGCUGCAUCAACACCAGAAACACGAGAACCAGAUGAGGGAUCUGCAGCUGCAGUGUGACUCCAACAUCAGGGAGCUGCAGCAGCUACAGAAUGAGAAAUGCCACAUUCUGAUUGAACACGAAACCCAAAAGUUGAAGGAGCUGGAUGAGGAGCACAGCCAAGAGAUAAAGGAGUGGAGGGAGAAGCUCAGGCCCAGGAAAAAGGCAUUGGAGGAGGAGUUCACACGGAAGCUCCAGGAGCAGGAGGUCUUCUUCAAGAUGAGUGGCGAAUCCGAAUGCCUUAACCCAACCACCCAGAGCCGAGUGUCCAAAUUCUACCCCAUACCACACCUGCACAACUCUGGUGUAUAGCCUCCUCUCUGUCUGUGCUACCAGACAGACUCGGCCGCGUUCACAGACUCUUCCUGAUGGAGCGACGUCAUCUCUCCGACCGUUACCGAUAAACACAAAAAACUUCUUCACUGCUUUGAUUCCACCGUUAGUGAGCAUGACGUGCCUACACACCGUUCCCUCACUUAAUCAGAAUUUUUCUCAGCUUGUUGGGAAACGUCCGAUGGAUAAUAUGCACUUUUUUGAGCAUGUUCAAAUUUAAAAGGUCUGCAGUUGGUAGCGAAGGCCAAUCGUGCUUCACAGAUUAUUGUGAGCGCAGCCUGCUCCAGUAUGAAUGAUCUCCAGUGCCUCAGUUCUUUUCUUUCUGCAUUCAGGCCCUUUCUUGUGUUUUCCACCGCUUGCAGUACAAACAGUGCCCCUGAAUGUCUCGCACAUAAAGAACAGGUUAUGAUUUCCACCUAUAAUCCCAAAAUGUUGAGAGGUCAUUUCACAUAAACUGGUGAUGAAGUUAAACCUGAGGUCAUAUUUUGCUGCAUGUUUGGCCGAGCUGGUUUAAGGGAAAUGUGCUGGUGAGUUAAAAAAAGAAAACGUCUUUCAAAUACAGCGUCAUGUUGGGAUCAUGAGGCUGUAAAUUCAGAUUAAAAGGAAUGUACUGUGUUGUAAGAUGUUACAUGUGUGCACCUGCAUAUGAAGUUGUAUCAGAUACUGUGCUUAAAAUAAGGAGUUUACAUUCUUGAGAACAAAAUUAUAUCUGUUGCUUUAGUAUUGCUGUAUUCCCAAACGUACAUUCCCCAGUUUAGUUCAACACAGGGCUCCCUAAAAACUCGGUAUUUCGCCUGGAGGCUUUCCCUCGUGUGCCUGGCGCAUUAUUGUUGACUCGCAUUGGGUGAUUCGUCGCCUCUAACUUCAGACAGAGAUGAGUUUUAAUGUUUGUGAUCGUCGCUGUUUGUGUCCUGUGUGAAAGGAAGAAGGUAAAAGUUAAGUUGAGUAAUCCAAACAAUGAUUUAACUUAAACCUAACCAAGUAGGUUUUUUACCUAAACCUAAUCAAACUGCGACUGAAAACUGAAAAUACUCCUUUAAAUACCUUAAUAAGCCUAAAAUCAAAUAUAUAAAAAUUACACAUACACUAUCUCCCGUCACCCUAAUGGAUGUCAUGUGCAAGAUCCAUUCAACCAACACAUUUUCGCUUUUGUCCAUCUUAAUACUAUAUCAUCUGACUUCUUAUAUAACCACCCACACAGUCCUAAAAAGAAGUUUCCAUGCACAUAGAUUUGAGGUCAAACUCAGACAUUAUUGAAAAACAAUGUGUGGAGACGGAGCGUGCGCUGCUGUUUUGAAAAAAACACACUCGCCACACUCGAUGAAUCGCCAAGUUUUUAAUGAAACCCAAGAGGUGUCCUGCUUCUUCCUGGAGAAUGACAUACUUUUUAUUUUAGAUAUAAAAAAAAAUAAUCACUAUAUCUUCUGGGAGUUUGAUUGAGCAGUGGUCUCACAAACAAGCGUUGUGAGACGAAACUUAAGGAAUGUAAAGCUGUUUGAUUUGCACUGUUUUUGCCACUUGAGCUAAAGACAAAAAUAUGCAGUAGUAAACUGUCAACGUGUCUUUGACAGCGAGUUACUUUUUCAAACUCCAAACUGACUGAAUUGUCUCAACAUUUCCCCUCUUUUUUUAACUCUUUUCUUUUUCCAAACAUGCCCUUUAGUAUUUUAUGAUCUAGUUUUCUAAACAUGUAUCCUGAUGUAUUGAUGCUGUAAUUUUGUUUUGAUUGACAACCGUGUUGUAUGAAAGGUAAAAUGCUGUAUCUGUACCUGUGGGAAGGAGAAGUGCUUCUUUGUAUUUUAUGAGCAGAGUAUUCAUAGACGGUUCACUAAAAGAUAACCUGGUUAGUUUUAUUUUGCCACAUCAGUGCAUGUGUUCAGUUCUGUAUGCUGACAUUAACAUCGCCUAGUGUUUUGUCACAAAUGCUGGAUUUUUAUCGGGGUUGUUGGAGACUGUGUCUUGUGAAUUACACCAAACGCCCCAUAGAUUUGAAAUAUUUUUUUAUUUCGUUCAGUCACAGCAUUUUGGAUGUGUCGAUCAUUCUACCACAAUGAAUAGUCAUAGUAUAUGCAUUUUUGAUGUCAGAUCAAACGUAUGUAUGUAAGUGUCUUUAUAAAUGGACAUUUUCUUCUGUUGUUGUAAAUAAAAAAAAACUGAUCGUUUAUUUGA